AUGGCAACCCAGGCAAAAGUUUCCGCUGAGGAUCAAGCACUUUUGAACAAGUUUGCUCGUUCCUACCAACUUCAAACUCAAUUAAAGGCCGAAUGCAAGGAGAUGAAAACACUUGUGGAGAAUAUUAAUGAAGCCACCGAUGAGGUCCUCUUGCUCGACGAUGAAGAUUCGGCGUCGAUUCCAUGCCGGAUUGGAAGCUGCUUCGUUCAUUUCAACUCAGAUAGUCUGAAUGAACACUUGGAAGCGAAGAAAGCCUCUACUGAAACUGUUCUGGCUGAGAAAACAAACGAAUUGGAAACUAUCACAGCGGAGAUGGAACGAAUCAAGAAGGUUCUUUAUGGAAAAUUCGGUGAUCAAAUCAACCUCGAUGCUGAAGAAUAA